AAGCUCAGUAUGGUGUUAUCAGCAGAAGUACACAGUUGUAUGUGUUACGUGUAUAUUAUUCGUGUAUCCAGUCCGGAGUGGUUCAGUCCUCGCCGCUCCGCAGCAGGAGAGGGAGGGUCAACAUGGCGUCCGAGCAGGAGAGCUCCAAUGGACCAGUGAAGAAGUCCAUGCGAGAGAAAGCCAUAGAGAGACGCACCAUCAACAAGGAACACAACAGUAACUUCAGGGCGGGAUAUGUGCCCAUCGAAGAAGAGCGUCUUCAUAAGACAGGGCUGAGAGGACGCAAGGGAAACAUGGCUGUGUGCAUCAUCGUUCUCCUCUUCCUCCUUGCCUUAAUUAACCUCAUUAUCACACUUGUAAUCUGGACAGUGAUACGAAUCGGCCCGAAUGGCUGUGACAGUAUGGAGUUUCAUGAGAGCGGCCUGCUGCGCUUCAAGCAGAAAGCAGACAUGGGUGUUGUUCACCCUCUGCACAAGAGCACUAUCGGUGGUCGAAAGGAUCAAGACCUGGUAAUCACUGGCAACAACAACCCGGUUGUAUUCCAGCAAGGCACUACGAAGCUGAGCGUAGAAAAGGACAAGACUUCAAUCGUCAGUGACGUUGGCAUAUCCUUCACAGAUCCUCGGACGCAGAACACAUUCUUCAGUACAGACUAUGAAAACCAUGAGUUCCAUCUGCCCAAAGGUGUCAAAGUCCUCAGCGUUAAAAAAGCCUCCACAGAAAGGAUAACCAGUAGUGCAUCAUCUGACCUCAACAUUAAGGGGGACAGCGAAGCCAUCAUUCGUGGUAAUGAGGGGGUGAACAUCAUGGGCCGGACUGUAGAGUUUAAAAUGGGCGGAAACAUUGAGCUCAGGGCUGAGAAUAGCAUUGUUCUCAAUGGAUCGGUCAUGUUCAACGCUACGCGCAUCCCUAACUCUGCAGGAAACGUGUACUUCAACGACGGUCUGGAGAGGUACAAGCUCUGCAUGUGUGAAGAUGGGACUCUGUUUCGUGUGCUGGUGAAAUUUACCAACAUGGGCUGCCAAACCUCAGAAAACCCAUGUAGAAGGAUCCACUAGCCCCGAUCCGCCGACACAACUCCCCCCUGCACUCUCUCACCACUGGCAUCAGACAAACCACUUCUACAUUUCUGUACAGCUUAAUGGGUGCAGUUAAAAUUCAAAGCUUCGGUCAUUCUUUAUGUCUUGGACAUACUGUCCAUGUGACACCUCACCUGACAAGUUCAGGGGAGGUGUCUGAGUGCCAAACCAGAUUGUGCUCUAGAUUAUUGUCACUUGCUUAAAGAUGUAAAGUCUAAGUACUGAAUUACUUUGGUCUUUCUGCAGAUUUGUAUCAACAUUUUGUCAGUGGACGUUUCCUGUAAUCUAAAGAAUGAUGCAGUGGUUUACACAAUUUGUUUUUAGCCUUCAGAAGCUGCAACGUUUAUGUUUUGCCUUUUUGUCCACUGUCACUAUGCAAACUCUCUAGGGGGCUUGUACAAGAUUUUAUUUACCAUUGACUUUUAGGGCAGCUGUUUAUUUUUCUCUGUCGAAUUAACUGACGUGUUUUUGAUGCUACAUAAUUAUGAUGUUCAUAAUACUAAUGUGCAAAAUUUUGGAUGAUCAGUAAUUUAAAAAUAGUUUUGUAGGCCAUGCACUAUUGUAAAUUUGACUUGGGGUCCAGCUGAAUAGUCUGUUAUGCUCAGGAUGGUUUCUAAGCACGUGAAAUGAAAGGGAAGUGAAAGGAUGAGCGAUCCAAUGCCACCUUUAUCAUCUCCGUUGGCAUAGGAACGUCUGGAGCAGAUUUUAUGAAAGUAAAUUCCUUUUAGGUACAGCAAUCAAUGUGAUGCUUGAUUGUUGUCGUCCAGUAACCAAAAAAAUAAACAUGAUGACAGGCGCGUGAGUGUGAGCAGCCCAGAGCAGCAGUCUUAUUUCUAUCUCUUACAUAUAGUGAAGCAGACUAAUUACUAUCCUUUGUAGAAGAUGUGUUUCUGGCUGCGGUUUUACUCCUGCAGGCCUAAAGAACAACGUACUGUAAAUUUAGUCACAGUUUCACUCCAAACAAUCGUCUUUAUGACUUCUGCUAUCUUGCUUUCUCAUCACACUAUCAUCCAACAGGUUAAGGUAAAAGUGUUUUGGAAAAUGAGUUGGAAUUAAUAUCUUUAACUAUUUGUUGUACCCUAGGUCUUUUUCUGCACAUCUCGGGCUGCAUAUUGUGCAUGUGCCAAUGGAUUUUAAAGGGAUUGUAAACAUUGUUUAAUUGUAAAACAACACUACAGAUACAUGUAAAUCUCUUCAAAUGCUCAGAGGUUUGACAUCUUCACUAACUUCAGCUAAAUCCUCCAAACUGCUUGAAAUUUUGUGCAAUAUAACAUGAGGUUUGACUUUUCUUUGGAUCAUCUUGUCUGUUGUAAAGCAGUGAUUUUAAAAUUCGUCCAGCAUUUCUUUGGUUUGUUUGUUUCAAUAAAGAAAUGUGUUGCCACGUGAAA